AUGGCGGGACAGCUGGCGGGUCUCUACACAGUCCACCAGAAAUACGGGAAGCUUCCGUGGGCAUCCAUCGUGAAGCCAUGCGAGGAUCUCGCGCGCAACAGUUUCAAAAUCUCCCGAGCCCUCUCUCGAAAAAUCGCCAGCGUGGGCCCACACAUUUUGUCCGACGAGAGUUUUGGGAGCGUAUUUGCUCCAAACGGGCAGAUACUCGUCGAGGGGCAGACUCUACGCCUCCGAAAACUGGCCGACACGCUGGCGGCAAUCGGCAAGCAUGGAAUGGGAAUCUUUUACAAUGUUAUUACGAGAGAACCUCUCAUUUCUUCGGUAUUGGGGUAUAACUUGCUGACUGUUCCUCCUCCUGCUUCGAGUGGUGCAGUCGUGAUACUCAUACUAAAGACUCUUUCGAAGUUUGAUAACAAUGUUACCACGUCGCUUUUUGUGCAUAGAACGAUCGAGGCACUAAAAUAUGCACUUGCUCUGAGGAUGAAUCUUGGAGAUCCCGGUUUUGUGAACAUUACAAAUAUCGUAAACUAUAUGACUGCGGAUAGCACCGCGCAGAAAAUUAAGAAUCUGAUAGAUAACAAGAAAACGUUCGAUCCCGUUCAUUAUGGGAGCAGGUGGACUCAAGUGCAUGAUCACAGGACAAAUCAUCUCUGUAUUGUAGAUCGUGAGCGUAAUGUUGUAACAAUGACGACUAGCAUAAAUACUCGGUUCAGAUCGAAAAUAAUGUCAGAAAGUACCGGGAUAUUCUUUAACAAUCAGAUGUACGAUUUUUCGAUUCCUACAUCGAAAGGUAAACCAGGUGCACCCGCAAACUAUAUUAGUCCAUAUAAAAGGCCUCUUUCUUCUAUGGCACCUAUCAUUCUUUUGAAGGUUGAAAAAGCCAUAUCAGACAAAAAGCAAAUAAUCUUCACAGGACACUCUUCAGGUGCAUCCACAGCCAUCCUUGCAUCCAUUUGGUUUUUCGAAAAGUACAUAAGAUUAAAUCGGUACAACAUAUCCCCUUUCUGCCUGACUUUCGGGUCCCCACUUGUCGCGAGCCACAUUUUCUCUCAUGCACUCAGGCGCGAAAACUGGGCUCGUUUUUUCAUCAAUUUCAUGACAAAGCACGACGUUAUACCUCGGAUAAUGCUAACUCCUCUCCCGCAAAUCGAGCACGGACUUACUCACGUAUUGGAAUUUCUCAACCCGAAAUCCCCUUACGAUUUUCUCGAUCCCAAUAUUGCUUCGAGUUUUAUGUUAGCCGUGAUGAGAAACUCUUUAUCUGUCGCGAGCCAUGCAGCGUGUUAUCUCAAGGGCUGCACGAAUUUGUUGCUCGAGACUGUGGCUAAUAUUGUCGAGCUCAGUCCUUAUCGGCCUUUUGGGUUUUUCGUUUUCUGCACCGGGAAUGGGAAAUUGGUCGUUCUUGAUAAUCCAGAUGCCGUUUUGCAGCUGAUGUUCUUCAGUCUUCAGUUGGGCCCGGAAGAGAAAAGUUGGGAUUUUAUUCGUGGGAUGUUUGGGAAGCAUUUAGUGUACGAAAACGAGUUGAACGAGAGCUUGAAUAUGCAAGACGUUACGUAUUUAGCGAAUCUGGUCGAUGUGCCCUUGUCUUCUUCUGCUUACGAUGCAAGUGCAGCUCUAAAUGAUCUCGGGUUGACAACAAGAGCAAGAUUAUGCCUCCGUGCAGCCGGCGAACUCGAGAAGCAAAAACGGGAAAACGAGAAAAAAAUCAAUUCAAACAAGGACACCAUCAAGGAAGCUUUAACAAGAAUUCAAGAAUACAAAACAAGCUGCGAAAUUCGCAAGAUCGGCUAUUACGAUGCCUUCAAGAUCCAAAAGGACACAGUCGAUUUCGACGCCAAUGUCAAGAGGCUUGAGCUCACCGGAAUAUGGGACGAGAUAAUGGAAAUGAUCAAGAGGUACGAGCUUCCAGAUGGAUUCGAGGCCCGGAAAGAGUGGAUCGAGCUAGGGACUUUGUUCCGGAGGCUUCUCGAGCCCUUGGACAUAGCAAAUUACUAUAGGCACUUGAAGAAUGAAGACACGGGCCCGUAUAUGGUGAAGGGUAGACCCAAACGGUAUAGGUUCACGCAAAGAUGGCGGGAGCAUGCAGAGAGGAUGGAGAUUGGGAUGGGCUCGGAGACAACGUUUUGGGCCGAGGUCGAGGAGUUGAGGGUUAAGCCAUAUGGGCUUGUGAAGGAUGAGAUUUUGAGGUUAGAGGAAAAAAUGGUGACUUGGGUUAACAAUGGAUGGCUUAAGAAAGAUGUUUUCUUAGAUGAGUCCACUUUUACCAAGUGGUGGAGGACUUUGCCUUUUGAGCAUAGGUUAGGGUCUUGUGUUUCAGGGUUUAUAAGCACAACCUAA